AUGAAGAAGGAAGGUCAUCAACACGGUGUUGUUCGGACGUGCAUGAUUCUUUCGUCGGAAUUUAAUCGGCGACCCACAAACCACUUCGUGAACCGGUCCGGUUCACCACCAGCUUUUGGAGUUUUUACCAAAGUGCCAUCAAAACCGACUAACCACUCCAAGUUUACCGGGAAAUGUGAAAGGUCCAAGUACAGUAAUUGCCACGUAUCGCCAGCUACCAAGUCGGCCGACAAAUCUAAGGGUCGUCGUAAGCUACAUGCAACGGCGUGGUGGGCUGAGGAUAAGCUAAACCGGUUCGUGGGGUCGGACUCGUCCUCUGCUAAAAGUAUUUUGGAUACACUAUGUGAUGAAGACUAUGAUCAUGAUUAUGAUUAG